UUGCAGAAGUAUGUUCAAGUGAAAAAUACACACUGGGAUAUGUAUAUCAACUCAAAUCCACGAGAAUAGUCUUGCCCAACGGGAAUAUUACAUGUCCUGAAGUGUUUGAUUUUAGUUUGUUUGCUUUCUCAUUGAUCAAUGAACUGGGGACAUUAGGUCAGAUCUUUAAGAGCAAAGCUUUUGAAAAACACACAACCUUUUGAUUUCAACUGCACAAGUCUGCUCUCCUACAUCGUCCCGCAGCAUUACAAGAAACACCACCCAAAGUUUAUUGAGAGAAAGAUUUUCUUCAAGUAAGUUUAAAGAACAGAACUUUUAAACCUUCUUUGAUACUGAAACCGCAGUCACAGAGAGUAAAGGGCAUAUUUUUCCCUCUGGAAAGCAUUUGGAAGCAAUGUGCAGGGGGUGGAUGGUGAUGGUUAAUGAUAAAGCCCUUGAUCUCGGUGCAGUGAGAAACAUGUCAAAGGACUUCUGAACAAGACAUGCAUGCAGAAGCAAAUCUCUGCAAAAUGAAGCUUGUUUUCCUUAUUCUGAGCGCCUACACUGUGCCUACACUUUGUGGAGUUAAGCCUUUAGAUGAACACUUCAAUUUCAAGGCAACAGGCAAACCGCUGAGCCCUCAAACCAGUGUGGACAGUAAGGAUCCAGACUUGGAAAGUAUUCAAAUGCAAUUCCACAAAGAUAACACCUUAACACAAGAUCUCCUUCCAGAAGGAGAGGAAGACGACGAAUACCUGGAUUUUGAUGCUCUGUUGGGGGAGGAUGAUGAUUAUAUUGAUGCAAUUGAUGAGAUAGAUGUGCCAGAAAUAGUCACAGACUUUGAACCCUCAGAUCCAGCGACCAAACGAGCCAAGCUACUUAAGCUAUUCCGCGGCAAAACCAGGAUUCAACGCUUGAACACUGUGAAUUCAAACUUUGCUUUUGAUCUUUACAGAAGCAUCAGAAACGCUGUUGACCAGUCUGACAACAUACUGCUAGCUCCUGCUGGCAUUUCAAUAACCCUGGGCAUGGUCUCUUUAGGUGCAAGACAUGAAACCCAUCGACAGUUAUUCAAUGCAAUUGGUUUUGCAGAUUUUGUAAAUGCAAGUGUAAAAUAUGACACAAUGACAGUUCACAACCUCUUCCGUAGGUUAACCCAUCGCCUCUUUCGACAUAACUUUGGCUACACUCUCCGGGCUGUUAAUAACCUGUUUAUACGUCAGGAUGCACAGAUUCUGAGCAACUUCACACAAAAUAUGAAAACCUAUUACUUCGUUGAGCCUCAGUCAGCCAAUUUUUCCGACUCUACGUUGAUCAAUAAAUUAAAUGGACACAUUUUGAAGAUCACCAAAGGACUGAUUAAGGAAGCCCUAAAAACGAUAGAUCCGCAGACUCUAAUCAUGAUUCUGAACUGCUUCUACUUGAAAGGAACUUGGGAAACUAAAUUUCCAGUUGAGAAUACGUACACAGGUUCAUUCCGGCUGAAUGAAAAGAGUGUUCGAGUGCCUCUGAUGCAUACAAAAGGAAACUUCUUGGCAGCUGCAGAUCACAAACUGGACUGUGACAUUCUGCAGCUGCUCUAUGUGGGAAACAUCAGCAUGCUGGUCGUGUUACCCCGUAAAUUCUCUGGCAUGAGGAUCGUCGAAACACAGCUGACAUCCGAAGUGGUGGGGAAUUGGUUAGACAGCAUGACUAACAGAACACGAAAGGUGGUGCUUCCCAGAUUCAAUCUGGUGAAAUACUAUGACCUGGUGCCAUACCUGAAGACUUUGGGAUUGACAUUACCUUUUCAAGCAGUUGCCAAUUUUACUGGAAUAUCAACCAAGGAGAAUCUGGGCAUUAACCUGUUCAAACACCAAGGAGCAUUAAAAGUGAAUGAAGAAGGAACAACAGCAGCAUCCGUGACAACAGUUGGCUUUAUGCCCCUUUCCAUGCAGAAUGAAUUUUCCGUCAACAGACCCUUCUUAUUUCUCAUAUACGAGCACCGCACCGAAUGUCUGCUGUACAUGGGGCGGGUGACAAACCCACUGAAUGACUAAUGACCAACAGGGAAGUAAAAGUUAUAUGUGUUCCAAUAAAUAGCCUAAGUUUUUGAGAAAUAAAACAAAAUUUUUGCAUCACGAUGUACGAGAAUGCAACCACAGUAAGCAAAUGAGCAUUACUUUGUAGAAGAAUAUGUCAAAACAAAUUUUAAAGAAAGUUUGUCAAUUUUUGUCUCACGAGAUUGUACUUUCUCCUAUUGUUAGUCGUGGUUUAAAUUUAACAGUUGGUGUUGCUAUUGCAUCUUCCUAAUAUUUUACAGAUUAAUCCCAAUUCAAGGGUUUUCAUGUAAGACCUUGGUCAACAAAUCUCAACAAAGGGAACUUUGGAGUUGUUGAAACCGCAAUUAUUCGGGCAUGGACGCAAAAACUCCCAUGGCACAACUUUAAAAGUGGACACUGUCUUAACAUUCAGCUCCAAAUCAACACCAUCAAAAACAGAUGAACAGGUUAACUCUAGGAUUGCUGUUCACAAAACAGUUGCCACAUUGGUCUCCCUAAAGAGAGCCUGAAUUCAAAGCCAUCUUUUCCAAACAGGUUUAUAAAAUCAGAAGCUUUAUUAGAAGGCGUUUGCUCACAGUCUUACGCUUGGCUACAUCAAGUCAAUUACUUGCAAAGUUGCAACAAGGAAUUGAUAUCUCACGCUCAUUUUUGCAUUGGAAGAUAAAAAUUUAGAUUAAAAUCUAAAUCCAACUCUGCAAAUACCUAGAGAGUACAGACAGAUUUUUUAAUAAUAGAGAAAUAGUACUGUAACUUCCAAUAAACAAACACGCUAUUUUUAAAACUGGAAAUUGGAUCAUUGUCCUGCUGGGAAACAGAGAAAAUACAGGAUCACAGAACCAGGUGAAUCACUUCUUCAGAGGGCCAGCACAUAGUAAAUACAUUGAAUGGCCUCUUUCUGUGCUACAAUUUUACUAUAAUUCUGAACAAGAUAUAAAACUGUAUGUAAGAUGUUAUCCAACUGUAUGCAACAUCCAUUGCUCUUAGUGCUUAGCUUGAGGCAAAAGCAAACCAUGCUGACAGAAAGAUCCAUGUUGUCCUGUGCUGUGUUCCCAGCCGCACUUAAAGAUUUAUUGAUCAGGUCACAUUGCAUACAUCAGUACUGAAGCUGAACAGAGUUCCUGUAAGCUAUCUCAAAAUCCAAACUUUGAAGAUCAUUUCUUAUUUGAACAGCAUUUCUGUUAUCUCAAUAAUUACAAUACUUUUCUAUGCAAAAAAGGUGUUGGUCAUUUUUUUCCACUGACUCAAAUUUAAAACUGGAGCAACUUCUUUCAAACUUAGUUAUGUGAUUAUUUAAUUUAUCCCAAUGUAUACGGUAAUUAAAAAUGGACAUACCUUUUGUAUAAAUAUAUAGAGUCAAAAACAGUCAUAGAUUUAUACAGCACUGAAAUAGAUCCUUUUGACCAGAUAUCUUAAAUUAAUCUAGUCCCAUUUGUCAGCAUUUGGCCCCCAUUUCACUCGAAAAC